GGCCCCGGCGGGGGACAGCGGGCUGCGCUCGGCGGGGCCAUGGGGACCCGCGCGCUGACGAUGCCGGGGUGAGAGCGCAGCUGGCCGGCGCCUCCACCACCAUCACCCUCCUGCCUCAGCCUCACCACCGGCCAGCACCAACCUCCGCCUGCCUCUCUCUCUCUCUCUCUCCUUUCUCUCUCUCUCUUUCUCUCUCUGCAUUAUUAUUUCCCACUCUACAGAGGAUGGGGUCGACUGGUGAUUAGGUCGGAAGCAAGUCAGAUCUUCCUCCAAAGCCUGGAGCCCUCACGGUGGAGACGGCCAGGGCUGUGCGUUCCCAAAAUAUGACCAGCGGUGCUUGGAUGUGUCGGCAGUAUGACGACGGCUUAAAAAUCUGGUUGGCGGCACCCCGGGAGAACGAGAAACCGUUCAUCGAUUCCGAGAGGGCUCAGAAAUGGCGACUGUCUCUGGCAUCUCUCCUGUUUUUCACAGUCCUGCUCUCUGAUCACUUGUGGUUCUGCGCCGAGGCCAAACUGACCCGCACCCGGGACAAGGAGCACCACCAACAGCAGCAGCAGCAGCGCCAGCAGCAGCAGCAGCAGCGCCAGCAACAGCAGCGCCAGCAGCAGCAGCAGCGCCCGCGGCAGCAGGAGCCCUCCUGGCCUGCGCUCCUGGCCGGCAUGGGGGAGUCCGCGCCCGCCGCCCAGGCGCACCGGCUCCUCUCCGCCUCCGCGUCCCCCACCCUGCCCCCUUCCCCCGGAGGCGGCGGCGGAGGCAAGAGCGGCCGAGGCAGGAGCCCCCGGAGUAAGCCUCUUUUUCUAGGAAACUCUGCCAAGCCCCUGUGGCGCCUGGAGACUUGCUACCCCCAGGGCGCACCCUCCGGCCAGUGCUUCACGGUGGACAGCGCGGACGCUGUGUGCGCCAGGAACUGGAGUCGAGGGGCGGCGGCCGUGGGGGAGGAGGAGAGGCGGGCGGGGGGCCAGCGAGCGUCUCAGCUCUGGAACUUGUCGGAUUUUUACCUUUCGUUUUGUAAUUCCUACACACUUUGGGAGUUGUUCUCGGGUCUGUCCAGCCCCAACACUUUGAACUGCAGUCUGGAUGUGGUGCUCACGGAGGGCGGGGAGAUGGCCACAUGCAGGCAGUGCGUCGAAGCUUACCAAGACUACGACCACCACGCUCAGGAGAAGUAUGAAGAGUUUGAGAGUGUGCUCCAUAAAUACUUGCAGUCGGAGGAGUACUCGGUGAAGUCGUGUCCUGAAGACUGUAAGAUUGUCUACAAAGCCUGGCUCUGUUCCCAGUACUUUGAAGUCACGCAGUUUAACUGCAGAAAGACAAUUCCUUGCAAGCAAUACUGUUUGGAGGUGCAGACGAGGUGUCCGUUCAUACUGCCCGACAACGACGAGGUCAUCUACGGCGGCCUCUCCAGCUUCAUCUGCACAGGGCUCUAUGAAACCUUCCUAACCAAUGAUGAACCAGAAUGCUGUGACAUCAGGAGAGAGGAGCGAUCCACCCGCCCGCCCAAAGGGACGGUACAGAAAAGUGACAGCUGUCACAGGACGUCGCUCACAGUGUCCUCCGCCACGAGACUGUGCAGCGGGAGACUCAAGCUGUGCGUCCUCGUACUCAUUCUGCUGCACACCGUGCUCACAGCCUCGGCCACGCAGAACACCGACUACCUGAGCGUGCGGGGCAUCGCCACGCUGGACGACAACUCCACCAACGAGGAGUGAGCGGGCCAGCGGCGGGCGCCGGCCCGCGGAGGAGCGCACCUGCUGUCCCUGGGAACAGAAGCCGGGCGCUUUUGCCCUCCGGUUAUUUCCUGCAAGGUCUUUAAGGGUAAAAGCUCCAAAAGAUGGGCCUGAUUCCAAACAAGGACACGCUCACACCGCAGCUUCCCGUGGACUGCGACGCUGCUGAGUGACUUUCGAUUUCUCACACCAUUUUAUACACUGUGUUUUAAUGUUUGGAAGUUUUCUUUGCUUUCGUUCCGGUCUGGGUUUCUUCGUUCGUUUCCUUUCUCUCCGCACUUGUUGGCACAGGGUUUAUUUCGGGGGAUGGUUUCUCAGCGGUAAACCAAGUCUUUCACUGUCUCCACCGCUGUUUCCAGUCACCGCGUGUUCAUCCGAUAGCUCUGUCUUUCUGUCCUGUCCGUUUCUAUUAGAGGAAUGACCGCUAUGACCUCAUGGCAUAGCAAAAAAACAGCGACAAAAAAAGAAUAAAAAAGAAAAAAAAAAAGACAAAAAAAAGAAAACAACAAAAAAUAAAAAUAAAAAAAAUUCCCGCAGUCCCUCCCUAGUCCCCACACCCUCCCCGGCCCACGCUUCCCCGGGCGCCCUCUCGCCCCUCAACAGACAUCCGCUUGCUUGUGUCUGUCCAGCCACGGACGGGUGUGCACGCAGCCCAAACAGGGCGCAGCCGGGGGCCUGGAGGGGGGCCUUGCAGCUGAGCAGAGAGUUCGCCCUAGGGCGCCUCAGCCCAUUCACACACUUUCACGCUGAAAACAGUGAGGAAGGAACAAGUCUGCAAAGCUGUCACGCCCUGCGCUGCUCCGGCCUCCACCCCGUGCAGCCCAGUCCUUCCCUGCUGGCCGGCUGCGCAGGAGCAGCCUCCAGCCUGCGAGAGUGGGAGCAGGUAAGUGGUCCCCCCAGGUCCAGGUGAGGCUGUGCUCAUCCUGAGCUCGGUUCUGUUGCGGUCACCUACAAGCACAUUUUGGCUAUUGUGACGGGAACACACAGACUGAAGACACAAAUCCACACUUGGGUUGCUCCUGCAUCACAGAGGAGAUUCUAGAACUGCUCACACAUCAGCAGUAUAAAGAAUAGAAAAAAUGUUCUCCCAGUUUUUCCCCCAACACAGGAUUUUAAAUGACCCCGGGUCUAAAGUGUAUGCAAUUCUGCAUCAUCACAGAGGAAAAACUUCUUUUUGUAAAAAAAAAAAAAAAAAAAAAAAAUAGAUCAGCCAUUUUUAUUACCGCUCAAAAACUUUAUCACUAAUGCCGUAGGAAGUCGGGUGAAGAGAAGUCUGAUCGCUCUCUUUGUAUUUUUUUUCUUUAUGAGAACAUUUCACCUGCUGAGUGUAUAUGAAUUUGCUUUCUAUAAAAAGGCUUUUAUGAGUUUAACGUAGAAUCAGUGGAAGGAAGAGUUAAUAAGGGCUGUUUUUAAAAAACAAACAAAACAAAUAAUUAAAAAAACAUUUACAUUCCUUCCUCUUCUCUGUCGACACUGGGAAGUGCACUUCAGAAAAGUCUGCUGUGUGGCUGGGGGAUGAAGGAAGUUCGUGGAAAAGGUCCUCUUAACGAACAAAAUUCAGUUAUUAACUUUAUAGCUACGAAAUUACCCCAGGCAUUUGUUUUUGUUCAAACAGACUUUCUCCCCUGCAUCAGAGUUAACCCUGCGACAUGCGUACAGUAUGCAUAUUUUGUUUUGAAUAAAAAAUGUUUUGUUCCAGUCUGUUAAGAAUAUUCAAAAAAUAAUAAAGGUAUUGCUUAAUAAAAUUGCUAGAAUUGUUUAGCAGUACAUGCACAAAUAUUUUACUAGAUUCUUUGUUUCAAUAGUGUUUUGUUGAGACUGAAAAUCCUAAAAUGGUCUGCGCAAAUACAAAAAAAAAUGCAAAAA